AGAAUGAGAAGAAGGACCCAAAGAGGUUGCUGAAGAGAAAAACAUUUUUGGCAACCCCCCACCUCCUCCACCCCUCCAUUUCUUCGGCAUCUGUAAGGUUUCCCUAGGCAACAUCCCAGCUGUCCCACACUCGGGCGAGAUCUGCUCUGUGUGCCCUGAAUUAAAAAAGCCAAAUGCCAAACUCCAGAACAAAAAGACUGUCUGCUGAGGCCCCCCAGUGAAUGUCCUCCUUGUGAAGCUAAGAAGAGGAGGAGGAGAGAGACGGAGAACUGAAGAGGGGCGUGGGGAAGGGACAGUAGUCCAUGCCAUAGGGGUUGAGUUCGUGUCUGGCUGUAGUCAGGAAGGAAAUACCCCGAGGCAGCGAGCCUUGAAGCCCAGACAGCUUGGGGCUUCCAGUCUGAGGAUAGGUCUGCCCAGAAUGCCCCUUCCCUGACCUCUCAGGGCGGGAGAAGAAGUCGGGGCGGGGGAAAAGGGGGUGGCAGAGAAGAAGGUUGAUGUGAAGCAAAGGGGAGCGGCUGAUCUCUGCCUCCCCAUGCUCAGAAUCUCUUCCACCAGAGAACCUCGAGCUUCAACGCCCCUGGAACUACCAUGAACCAUUUCAGCAAAGCCGAACAAGAUGACUGGUUAACUGUCUACCUGAAGUAUCUACUCUUUGUAUUUAACUUCUUCUUCUGGGUGGGUGGAGCAGCUGUACUGGCUGUGGGCACCUGGACCCUAGUGGAGAAAAGUGGCUACCUGAGUGUCUUGGCCUCCAGCACCUUUGUUACAUCUGCCUACAUCCUGAUCUUUGCAGGAGCAUUGGUGAUGAUAACUGGUUUCCUGGGAUUUUGUGCUGUCCUCAGAGAGCAAAAAAGCUGCCUCUCCACAUAUUUCUGCCUGUUGCUUGUCAUCUUCCUCAUUGAGCUGGUGGCUGGAGUUCUUGCCCAUCUUUACUACCAGAAGCUAAGCGACGAGCUAAAACAGCAUCUGAACCAGACUCUGACUGAGAACUAUGGCCAGCCCAGAGCAAAGGAAAUCACAUACUCAGUGGACCAACUGCAGCAGGAUUUCAGGUGCUGUGGCAGCAACAGCUCAGCCGACUGGGAAUACAGCACCUACAUCCAGUCUCCAGAAGCAGAGGGCCGGAGGGUACCUGACAGCUGUUGUAAGACAGUCGUGGUCCUCUGUGGUCAACGGGCCCACCCUUCCAAUAUCUAUAAAGUAGAGGGUGGCUGUAUCACCAAGUUAGAACAUUUUCUGGCUAAUCAUCUCCUACUCAUGGGAGCUGUUGGGAUUGGAGUUGCUUGCCUCCAGAUAUGUGGGAUGGUUCUCACCUGCUGUCUAUAUGGACGGAUCCAGAUGCAGUCAUACUGAAGUUUGAACACAUCAUCUUCCUUCUGGUUGGAGAGGUUUCCAAACCCUAGAAGACCAAGCUUCCAAUAUCAUCUUACAUGCUUCUUCUCUUCUAGAGCCAUAGAGUCUUCUUCUGCUAGGUGGCAGCAUGACAAUGGCCCCAGUCCAUGUUAAAGUGCCUGAAGCCAUGCCAUCAAGUAUCCUGCAUCCUCCUUUAUGUCUGUGAGACUGAGGCUUCCAAAAACCCUGGCAUAAGGGAAAACUUUCUUCAUCCCCUGAAGGAAGAUUGACCUUUGAUCUUUGCCUUUGGUCGCAAAAAAAAAGUUCCAGAUGGAGUGAGGAUAAGAGUCUUGAUCACUGAUCUCUCCUAACUUUGGAACAUAGAACUUUGUAAGAAGCUCCCCCUUGCUUUUUGCCAUAUGAAUAAGAUUUGCUACAUGUGAUUCCCCCUAAGGGUCUUUUUUCAUUUUAUUUUUUAAUUAGCAAGCAUUUAUUUUCUCUCUCCCUCCUACCUACAAUAUGCCAAAGGAAAAACAAAUGACAAAAAUACCUUGUAAUAAGUAUUCAUAGUCAAACCAAAUUCUUACCUUGAUGAUAUCCCAGGGAAAUGUCAUUUUGCAUCUUUAACCUGUAACCUCUUUGUCAGUUGGUGAGUAAGUAGCACAGAUCAUCAGCCCUCUGGAUGCAUUGGUGAUCAUUGCACCCCUAGAGAUCUUCAGGCUUCCAAAGUUGUUUGACUUUAUAUUGUUGUGGCUAUUGCAUACAUUGUUCUCCUGGUUCUGUUCAUUUCGCAGCAUCAGUUCAUACAAGUCUGACCAGGUUUCUCUGAAUCCGUCCCUUUCAUCCUUAAGGUUCCAGUGUACUACUAUAAUUUCCCCCGUUGAGAUGCAGUUCUAACAUUUAGCUACAGCCACAACUUAGUGAGAAAUAUCACAAGGUCUUCCUAGAACAAGUAUUACCAUAUAAAUGCUAUUGCACUCCCCCAGGAAAUGCAACCUAGAUGUAGGGAGUAGAUAUCCAAGAGUAGGAAUAUCCUGAACUUUGGUCUGCCCAUCUGUCUGUGACCUUCAUGAGCUAUCAUCCAGUAAACGGAACCAAAGUUAGAAGGUCAUAAUGGAAGUGGGUAGAGGCCAGAUCCUGUCUCCAUAGUCCUACAGGAAGCAAUUCUAAAGCAUAGUCAACUUUCUCUUAUCUGAGGUUAGAUUAUCUAUUUGGGGGUUAUUUUUCUUUCUGAGCCAGCUUUCUCUGAAUGCCCGGGAUGCCCUUUGGUUGCCUCUCCCCGUGUUCUAGCCACUGCAAGACCAUCAGCUCUACUAGAACAGGCCUUAGAAAUCUCAACGAUUCCAACUCCUUCAUUCUAUAAUUUAGAAAACAAGCCCAGGGAAAUUAAGUGAUUUAAGUCAGAUCUACACAGGUAGCAAAUAGAAAGGGCACAAUCUGAAACCAGGUCCUCUGGGUCCAAGCCUUGGACUCUUUCCCUUUUUAAUGCUCCUAACCCAAAGGCACCACAGAGAAUGGACUAGAAAACAGUAGUGAGAGAAGUGCCUUCAUACUGUUGACAAUGAAGAGACCAAAGUGAGUCCUAGCCCUGCCUCUAAUUCACUGUGAGACCAUGGACAAAUCAUCAUUUCUCUGAGCCUCAGUGGCCUUAUCUGUGAGGGUCCUGGAUGAUCCCCCCAGUAUAUCCAUGUAUCUCAAUCCAAUUGGUCUUGUCAUUGCUUGUGAAAUUCCAGGAUGAUGAGAGGAGUUUAGCGAUUUUUCUUGCCCCCUGGUCCUCACCACACCAAGUACCACAAUAACAAUGGUUAGUCCUGAUGCUUCUCCCUGGGGAGCAAGGAGAAGGGCAUGGGGGUAGCACCAUUCAGAAAAUAGUAUCUUUACCAGAAUAAGAGGUAUUUCUUAGGCAAAUGGAAGUGGGUCAUAAGAAUAGUUUUUCUCCUCCUCUAGUGCACCAUAAAAGACUCUCACCAAAUAUACUGGUAAAUAUUUAACAACAAGUUCUCUGAAAAAAAAAUGUAAACAUGACCCACUUAUAAGUUUAACCUGCAUUCUUUUUUCCAUCACUUUCUUAAGUCUAGACAAUCAGCAAAACAAUAAAUCAAGCCCUAAUUCUAAGUAUUUGCCAGUUUUCUCUGAAAAUUAAUAAAUCAAGAACCUACAGGAGCCCCUCCUCUCACCUUAAGCUCAGUAUUUAAACUCCCCUUCCAAAUUCAAAGCAUAUAACUACCCUUUGGACCUGAAAGCUAACAGUCUGGUGGCUUUAUUUACCAAAUCCCAGAGGAACUGACUUCCUCACUCCUCACAACUCCUUUGAUGAGAAGCUUUUCUGAAUUCAGAGGCAACAUGUUAUAAUAGACAAAUCACUGGACCUAAACUUGGCAAAACCUAGGCUCCAAAUCUUGCCUCUGAUACAUAAGAGCUGGGCAAGCUUUGGAACCUCUCUAGGUCUCAGUCUCUGAAUCUGUACAAUGAGAAUGCUGGAUUCAAUGACCUCUAAGGACCCUUUCAGCCUUUACUCUAUGAACCAUGUCUAACCUGAGCCCUUUGUGAGACUGCAGGAGAGUAUCCCUUUUGUCAGUCCUAUCUUAGAAGUGUAAUAGAUGAUAUUUGAGGGUGUAUAUUGAUGGAUACUAGAUAACUAAUGGAUCAGAUAGUUAUCUUCUUUUGCCCACUCUCCUCCCUCUCCACCUCCUGUUUUCCUCCCUCUUCAGAAGCCUUUCAGUCUCCCCUCCCCCUUCUUCAAUCUCCUUCAAGUCACUCAUUGUGAGCUGUGAGGUUUCCAUGAAAUAGUUUUUAAUCUUCUUUGUCAAACAAGGGGUUUAUUUGGGGAAGACAGGACAAGGGUGGAAGAUAAGGUAAGAGGAGUAGGAUAUCCCUAUUCUCUACAGUGAGUGUUGGAUUGGAGGAUAUUGAGAAAAAUGGCAAUUCAGUCUCUAGCAUGAAACAGAACCAGUCCGAGAGAGAUAUAAGAACAAUUGUCCUUCUGCCCUCAAAAUCAGCCAGGUCACUUCCAACUUGAUUAUCUCAAGUCCCGGAGAUAAAACUAGCUUCUUCCUUCACCUCAGCCAGCCAACCAAAAGCCUUCAGCUUCAGUCACCACCAUCAGCCAAAGACCUCAAAUCCAGUCAAACUGUUGGCUCUUGCCCCCAACUGUUUCCCAGUCAUAUUCCAAAUGGAAUGUUCAUUUGACUGACAGAUGAUCAAUCUCCAGCUUCUUGUCUUGCUGCAUGCAUGCCUCUACCACAGGAGGAUGGCAAUGAAUUUCAUGUAUUUGCCACCACUGGUGUUUCCCAGAGGGCAGAGAUGGCAGAUUUCACCUGUUGAGCAUGAGUAUUUGGCCCCACCUGUUCUGUGGCCCCCAAAGUAUUUUCAGAAACCUUCUCAUUCAUACCCUCUUUGACCUUGGCCACUGGCCCACCAGCUUUGACCUUCUGUGACAAAGAGCUCUCUGCCAUGGAGCUAUGGCCUUGGAAUCUGUUCCUAGGGGUGAGUUAUUUUGUGGGAAUGUCCUUUUCACCUCACUCUUUCAGUGCCUAUAAAUCCAAUCCCCACCCUGCUUUCCCAUUAGCUAUUUUAGGAAUGCACUGCCAAAUACAUUCCUAUCCACCUGUCUCUCUGUGUCUUCCUUGUGUUCCUUUGCUCACUCUUCUCGGCAGAGCCAAGGUCACACUCUGAAAAAGCCAUCCCAGCUGGAAGGGCUUUGGCAUGGGCUCUGCUUUGGGAGAAGAGACAGGAAAGUGUCCCAGACACAGUUACAUAUGUGCGUAUAUUGGUAUAUACAUACAGAUAUGUACACACGUAUGCUUAUAUAUUCACAUGCAUAUACAUUUAUAAGUAUGUAUAGGUAUAUAUUAUGUGUGUAUGUAUAAAUCCCAGGUGACUGGUCUGUGUCCAAGAACUAAGCAUAAGAUAACCCAACUAAAAUGAUGCCAACCAAAUACACUAUAGAAAUCUGAUGACACUGAAUGUCAGUUGCAACAACUUGCUUUAUGAACUGAUAUGGUGCCUUAUGUACUGUCUAGAGAGAUAUUUUUAAAAAUAUUCACCUCUUCUCCUUGUCUCUAUCUGGUAUAAGCUGAUAAAUCGAUGCUUUACACAGAAUAGGAGAACCUAUAAUAAAGGAAUACUAUCCAAGGA